AUGGAGGAGGGAUGGAGACUCGCAGAGGAAGAAGUGCUAAUGCUGUGCGGCGCUCGGUUCUUCGGCGCGUUGCUGGUUUUGCCUUGGGACAGGGCAGCUACUGUGGCAGCUCUGGCGGCGGGCGAGAUGGACCUCGGCAGAUGCGGACUGCGACCGGCACGAUCAAGUGACGUGCCCCAAGAAGCCUGCCGUUUGUCCGGCUCAAUCGAGAGCCUUUCGCGAGCCGACUACAGCUACCAAGACUAUACAGCCAACAACAAUGUCUUGGACCACGUCUACUGGAAGGAUGCAACGUCUCUCCGCGCGGAGCUUCCCCAACAUCUCUCCACACAUCCUAAGAAGCUACUCGCGCGCACGGACUGCAACGAAUCGGCGCACUCUGGCCAGCCGAGGAAGAUCCUCGGCAACACCGGACUGGGUCCCUGGGUCCCUCUCAGGCCUGAGGCUCUGCGGGAGGCUUUUCCCAUCACGGAGCGACAGCACUUCACGUGCGAUGACAGACAUGUGUUCGUGCGAGGCCAUGGUCUCACACCCAGUCCGAAGCUAUGGGUAGAGCCAGCCGACAUCGGACGACCGACUCCUGCGCGCGUGGACCGGUCGACAUGA